CUGAACAUAUACUGUGAUUCUUGGAUAACAAAUUUAUCGGCGUUGCCGGAAAACUGUUGUCAAAAUGUAUCCGCCAUUCCCGCCGCGCGGCACCGCAAAGGCUCUGUAUUGGCAGUGUUAUCGCGCGUGUCCGGCGGAUGUGCCCCGCGGAGGAAAAGAACCGCAGUCGACAGACUGCCCCCUGAGUGUGCGCAUAACCUCGUGCUUCUUGCUGUGAUCGUCGGUUUGAACAUUAUUCAGAAAGAUACUGAGCUCAGUGUGCGUCGGCGACAGCGGCGGCGGCGGUGGUGGCGGCAAUGGCGGCGGCGGCGGCGGCGGCGGCUAGCGACCGUGGCCAGAGGCGGGGAGGGGGUGGCGGCGCCCACAAAACCGCGCGGCGGCCGCGGAGAAAGCCAGUCUAGCUGCCGACGUCGACAUCGCCUCGCCGCUGUCGUCGCCGUCUGCUUCGUCGCCGCCAUGACUUGGGACAGGAUGGCGCCCGGCGCGCCGCUGCGGCUGGUGCCGCUGAUGGUGCUGGUGGUGCUGGGGCUGGUGUCGGCGCUGGACCCCGCGCUGGAGGAGGCGGCGGCACGCGACCCGGACCCCGAAGCGGCCGCGCGCGAAUAUCUGCGGGAGCUGGACCACGACACGGGCGUUCACCUGAACCGCGCCUCGCUGGCCGAGUGGGCCUACGCCUCCAACCUCACCGAGCACAACCUCAAGCGCAAGCUGGAGGUGUCGGCGGAAGUGGCGGCCUUCCAGAAGGAGGCGUGGCACCGCACCGUGCACUUCCCGUGGCAGACGUUCCGCGACCCCGACCUGCGCCGCCAGUUCCGCAAGUACUCCGUGCUGGGCUCCGCCGCGCUGCCGCCCGAGAAGUUCGAGAAGGUGCGUGCUACGCCACUUGCCAAACUACAACCCGGAACGGAUAUCCAGAUGCCCCAUAUCCCUGAUGAAAUUUGCUGA